AUGCGGCGAUUGCAUUCGUUUUGGGUCAUCCUGGUAUUUUCUGUGAUUUACCUGGCCGGCCUGGCCGGCAUCACCGGCGUCAACGCGCAGCCCUCUAUAAAGCCGCGCUUCAUGGAGCCGCCCGCCAACGGGUCUUUUGAGCCGACGAGGUCCAUGUUCUGGGGCUUCAUGUACCUCAUAGCCCUGGGCUCUGGCGGCAUCAAGGCCUGCGUCGCCAGCUUUGGCGGCGACCAAUUCCGCGAGGGCAGCGCCGUCGAGCGCGGCUGGCGCUCCUCUUUCUUCAACUGGUUUUACUUUGCGAUCAACGUCGGAUCGCUGGUUGCGGCGCUGGUCGUCGUGCCCAUGCAAGAGUCCAGGGUGCUGCGCUGGGCGUUCGUCAACCGCCGACAGCCCAUCCCCACCCACCCUGAUGACGAGUGCUAUGAGCCGCUCGUUGGCGAGGUCAGCCAAAAAUUCAAGAUGGGCCACACCAACCGCAUGCGCUACCUCGAGCGCGCCGCGCUGCCGCACGGGCAGUCGGGGGCUUACCAGGUCUCACUGUCCGAGGUGGAGGAGCUCAAGGCACUGGCAGGGCUGGCCCCCGUGUUCCUGUGCGUAUGCAUCUGGCAGAUGUGCUAUGAUCCAAUCUUUUCACUGCUGCCAUACCCUGGUGAUGUCAUGGAGCGGUCCAUCGGCACCAGCGGCCUGAAGCUACCCGCCGCCUCCAUCUCAUUCGCCAACACGUUUGGAGUUCUGAUCUCGGUCCCGCUGUAUGAUCUGGUUUUGGUGCCCUUUGCCAAGAGGAUUGGGCGCCCCAUCAGCUACAUGGCCAGGAUUGGGGCGGGGUUUGUGGUCCUGAUCAUUGCGCUCCUAACAGCCGGAUUCAUUGAGCUGGCGCGCUACAGGAUGGUGCGGCGCAUGGGCCUGGCGGCAAAGUGGGAGGUAGCGGUGGCUGCUGACCCUGCCGUUGAGUACACAGACCCAGCCUUCACGGAGCCCAUCAGCAUUUGGUGGCAGACAAUCCCCUACUUCCUAGUGGGGGCCGCCGAGACGCUGACCCUUGUUGGCGUCCUGGACCUCUUCUUCACCCAGGUGUCCGAGGGCAUGCGCGCCCUCAGCACGGCCAUCCAGCUGCUCACCACCGCGGUUGGCACCUACCUGGCGAGCGCCCUGAACAUUGCAAUUGCCGCCGGCACCCGCGCUGACCCCUGGGUGGCUGACAAUCCCCUGUACGGCCAUUAUGACUGGUACUUCUUUGUAAAUGCGGCCAUCCUGGCCCUGGGAUUGAUUGCAUUCGUCCUCGUGGCACGUUUCUACGAAGAGAAGGCCGUCAUCCCGCACGACGACCUGCUAGAGGGAGGGGCCAUCGAGAUGGGCUGCGGCCCCUCCAGCAGCAUCCAGCUGCCCGGCGGGCAGCUGCGCGCCCGCCACGGCCCCAAAGGCACCCCCGGGUCGCCGUCCAGCAGCAGCCCGCACGGUCUCGCGCCCGCGCGGUCGAGCGUGCAGGCGCUGCAGGUUCAGGCACUCGACCCAUUAUGA